UUUUUUACGGAAAUGAUGACAAUGUUGGAACAUCCAGAACAAAUUUGUUUAAAAUCAGAUUCAGUAACAACCUCCAAUUCUGUUCAUCACCACCAAUCUACUAAUAUUCCUUUAAUUUUGGACCCUUCAAAUGUUUCUUCUUCUUUACCUGGAGAAAGGCAAAUUGUUUGUGAACAAGCAACAAUUACUCAUCAACAACAACAAUUACAACAGACAAUUUCGAGUCAUCCUAAUUUAGAUCAACAACAACAAGAUUCUCAACAAUAUUGUUAUUCAAUGUUUAAUGGAAUGCCGGGAGUUGGUUGUAAUCCUCUACAAUUUACUCCUACUAUAGAUGCUACAAGUUGUUGUUCUUCAUCUGCUGCUUCUUCAUCUACAUCAGCACCAAUUACUUCCUUCUUUUCUUCACUUUCAAAUGAAAAUGAGGAUAACCACCAUCAAAAACAACAACUUGAUCUUAAAAGAAAUUCUAAUAAAAAUAUUUCCUCACAUUUCUUAGCUUCACCUGCCGGUAGUUCUUCGGCUAGUGGAUCCUCUUCUGCUGGAAUUUCCCAUUUUAAUGGGCAAAUGUCAAUUGGUGGAGGACAUCCUCACAAUCAUCAACACAGACAAAAUCAUUUACAACAAAAGAAAGUAGUAACUAAUGGAGGGGAGAGAAUUCAAGAUGAACGUGUUAAACGGCCAAUGAACGCUUUUAUGGUUUGGUCGAGAGGACAACGUAAAAAAAUGGCAAUUGAAAAUCCAAAAAUGCACAACUCAGAGAUCUCUAAAAGAUUGGGUGAAGAAUGGAAACGUCUUGAAGAGGAAGCUAAACGGCCAUUUAUUGAUGAGGCAAAACGACUACGUAAUGAACAUAUGCAGGACCAUCCUGAUUACAAAUAUCGGCCACGUCGUAAAGCUAAGCAUAUUCAACAACAUCAAUCACACAAUCAAUCUAAAAAAAGUCAACAUGCAGCAGCUAUGGCAGCAGCUGCUUUACAAAUUCAUCAGGGAGUAGGUGCACAUCAAAGACAACAACACGCACAACAACAACAGAAUACACAACAACAACAAUCUUCAAUGUUAAUUAAUGGAGUUUCUAAUCAAAUGGGAGGUGGUGAUAGUGUAUUAAUGGCUGCAGCUUUUGAUGCACUUAAAUGCUUGCCCCAAUCAGUUUAUCACCCCAAUGCCAUUGGAUGGUCCGGACAACACAGUCCGGGAGGUCAACCAUCGCCUUAUGCAGGGAUGGAUCCAUAUCAAGCUGCAUUUUCUGCCUAUGGAAUGAUUUCAAAUCCUUACUUUAUGGCAAAUGCUGGCGGUCAGACACAACUUUAUGGGCAAGAUAGCCAUCAUGCUGCACUCUACGAGCAACAUCAAGGAAACGGGGCCUUUGGACCAGUGAUUAAAUCAGAAUGUUCUGAUAUUCUUUCUGCUGGAAGGCAAGGCGAAGAAACUUAUUCAAACCAACUUCAACAAAUUGGAUCAGCAAGUGGUUUGGAUCUUCAAUCUUUAUUAAGAUGGUCAGGAAGUGGGGGUAAUGCUGGUGGAAUGAUGCAAACUGAUCCAGCUAUGGCUGCAGCAUCUCAAAUGCUCAAUAAACACCAUGAAAGUAAUCCUUCAGCUGAAUCAACAGCUGCAAUGCCGUUGUGUUGGCCACAGGCAGCACUUUGGGGUGGAGGAGAGCAAACACAGAAUGGAGAUCCACAUCAACAAUGACUUUGGAAGUGCGAGAAAAUUUGAAGAAAAUAAAAUACGAGAAUAAUUUUAAAUAAUUUUUUUUGAUAAACUUCAAUAAACUUUUUAUUCGUUCA